AUGUCGGGACGAGUUUGGCCGAGAAGUGAGGUGUCAGACUGUCAUGGUGAACUUGGCGAGGAUGAUAUGAGGCGAGAAGGCGCUAACAAAAGGGGCCUCAGUUCCGCAUAUGACCAAAUAACCCAACAACAUGUCGCUGUUAAGAAGAUGAUGAACCCCUUUGCCAACGCUUCCAUUGCCAAGCGGACGUACAGAGAGGUCAAACUUCUGAAACAGUUGCGCCAUGAGAAUCUUAUUGGCCUGUGCGAUAUCUUUAUCUCUCCACUAGAGGACAUCGUACUGAUGCCAGGCUUUGCUAGAUACCUGGUAACGGAACUCCUGGGGACUGAUCUCGGUCGACUCUUAAGGGCAAGGCCCCUCGACAAUAAGUUUGCUCAAUACUUCAUGUACCAGAUACUGCGCGGACUGAAAUAUAUCCACUCUGCUGGCGUCAUACACCGUGAUCUGAAACCAAGCAAUCUCCUGGUCAAUGAAAACUGUGACUUAAAGAUCUGCGACUUCGGUCUAGCUCGAGUACAAGAACCUCAGAUGACUGGUUAUGUCUCGACGAGGUAUUACCGAGCCCCAGAGAUCAUGUUGACAUGGCAGAGAUACGGUAAAAUGGUAGAUAUCUGGAGCGCGGGCUGUAUUCUCGCCGAAAUGCUUCGAGGGAAGCCGUUGUUCCCAGGGAAGGACCACAUUCACCAGUUCUUCCUGAUCACAGAAGUGCUCGGAAACCCGCCUCCAGAGGUGGUUCAGAAAAUAACUAGUGGAAAUACUCAGCGGGUUGUCAAUUCACUACCGAAUCAAGAGCCACGCCCACUGAGGGCUGUGUUCCAUGAAUUUGAUAACGAUGUCAUCAGUCUCCUCGAGCAGCUGCUCUUGUUUGAUCCAGACAAGAGACUAACAGCUGAGACCGCUUUGCAACACCCCUAUCUCGCCCCUUACCAUGAUCCCGACGACGAGCCUGCAGCGCUAGAGAAAUUCGACUGGUCGUUCAAUGAUGCCGAUCUUCCUAUAGAUACAUGGAAACUUAUGAUGUGCGUUGCUAUUGGGUCUGCAAAGUGUGCACCUAACUAA